AUGGAUAGAUCAAUUCGCGUAGAACCUGAUGCAUCCGGUGGGCUCAAAAGCAACCAAAGAGUUGGUUUCUUGGAUCUGCCGGGCGAACUCCGCGAUAUCAUCUACCUGUUCGUAUCAGCCUGUUCAAAAGACGGUCCAUGCUCGAAUUCGAAAACGAGAGUCAAACUAAAGCACAUCAAAGACUACCACAAGAACGUAGAGUGGCACCGUCUCCAACGUCAGGACCUAGGCCUUGCACAAACCUGUCGCCAAGUACGCUCAGAGUACCUCCCUAUAUAUGCAGCACACACGGAUCUAUACUUAUGCAUGCGCAAGUUUGCUCUUGCUGUCGAAGACCUCAAUAUAACCAAACGCGACAUCGUCAUGCCAGUCGGCGACGUGGUGAUCGGAGUGCAAAACUGGGAUGGUGAGGAUGCAUGGCGAACGAAUCGAUCAUGCGUUGACAUAGCGCCGCUUCUUACUCUCCAACUUCGUCAACCCGAGCUUCUAUUCAGGUUUGAUGACGCUGAGUGUAUGCGCGAGAGGCUGAGGCGCAACGAGCAAUUGGAUACCAGCACCUACUUCGCAACCCUCUUCUCUCUACACACGAACCCGCUUUGGCGCUCCUUCUUUACCAUGGCUGUGAGGGAGGUGUUGGUGUAUCCUGAUCUGGAUUGGAUUUGUGCGAGACAUGUCAAGGUGCAUAUCGAGAUCGAGAAAGAGUUCGGUGAGAUUUGGAUGCGAAGUCAUACGGCCAGACGGAAUAGGAGGCAGGGGAAGAUGGAUGGGUGGCUGGCAGCGGUUGGGUUGGAGGGCUUGAUGAGGUGGAAUGGGUUGCGGGUUUAUUGGGCGAGAGGGUGGUUCGAGGAGUUGUUUGGGAAUUAA